AACGAUUAAUGAGAACUUUUUUCACAAUAUUCUGUUCAUUAAUAUUUAUAUUCUCUGAAUUAAUAACUGUAAUACAGAUGUAUUUACUGCUCUCUAAAGCACAAGUUAUAACGAUUUUUAUGCGUUUGUUAUACUGCACUCACAUGCAGUUGGAAUUCAUAUACGUUUGUAUAUAAACACGCUAAACUUCACUCAGUUCGAAACGAUGUGAAGAGGUGGAGUCAGGUGGAGUCAUCCACCACCAGAUAAUAAUCUCUUGUUUAACCUAGUUUACGCAUUGUAGUUAUCGUCAUGAAAGAACGUUCUUAUUUCGGCGCAUCUCGACUGGUUCAGUAGGUUUCCCACCAUUUUGUGAUGCUUUUGUUCUUUAAUUCAUAGUCAUAUACACCCUGGACGAGGAAGAAAAAUACACCCCUCUUUCAACAGCAUCAAUACGUAAGUACUGACAUACUAAACUGAGGGCCACCGGAUAUAAUGCACGCAACCACGAACUUUGCAAAUGCGCAUGCAUGGUAUCCAUGGUUACGGUUAUUGUUAGAACCAAUCAGAACCAACCUGCGCAGUAUGAACGAAAAUUUGUCGUUCAAAAAGUAUGAUCUUCUGUGAAACCAGGUGUAUAGAGUGUUUCGCAUAAAAUGGACCACCUAAAUAACUUUUUUAUCUUAGGUUUAUAAAAAGGAAAAUUAAACAGUUACAUCUAUGACAGAACAUUUCCAUUUGGUUUGCCUAAGGAAAUUGUUUAAAUUACGUAAGAAAUAUUUCUCGAUUAUUACAAACAGAGCUGUUGCACGAAACGCGCUGUACGUUAAGUUUCGAAUGCUCUUUUUGGUACACAUUUAAAUUGGCCCGGGUAAACUUAACACAUGACAUCAUACUGACAUAAUGGAUGAAAUAACGCGGGAGCGUCCGAUGUAUACUGCACACAUAUAAAAGGAUUGCAUACAGAGAAGAAAAAGAGAAAGAGGGAUCGUGGGCACAAAAGAAAUACCAUGGGUUGAGAGUACAUUCUAAACACGUCCUUUUCACUUUCAGUUGAAUUGUCAUAAUGAGAUAUUUAAACUACAUUUUGAGAAUUGUUCUCCAGUGUGUCAUUUUUAUUUCUCAUAUCCAGUCCGAGAUUUCUAAUACCGUAAUUUCUGUGAAGACAGAUUUUUCAUGUAUAAACAAAACUGCUGGUUUUUAUGCUGACACUGGUGCUAGCUGUAAAAUAUACCACACCUGUGAUGAAUAUGGAAAUAAAUUCACAUAUCAUUGUCCAGAGGAGACCGCGUUUCGACAGGAUGCCUUGAUAUGCGAUCAUGCACAUCUCGUCCGCUGCAACGAAUAUACUUACAAUUCAAAGUACACUGAAGAUAAGAGCAGGAAUUCAUCGGUGAACAAAAAUCAGUUUGUAUUUCGCGUAACGCAGUCGCCAAAAACAAAUAAAAUGCGAUAUGGAUUUUCCUUCAGUACUAAGGAAUCUUCUAAUAAUUUUAAUAGAACAAAAGUUGCAUACAAUACAAGGAAUUUCACUGCACCGCAGCGUGCGUCUCUCGUAAAUAAUAGUCAAAAUGGCGGAUCAUUUAAAAAUAAUUUUGCUGUGAAGCAAACUUUCAACAGCUGGGAUAAAUUAAAUGAGAAAGACCGAAAUAAUCAGAAUUAUUUAAAUCGCAAGACAAACGAUGCUACAUACAAUUUUAUGAAGUUACAACCUCCUAGCGUGAAUGCACGAAACCAAGAUGGUGGAAAGAACGAUCAAACAAUUAAAAACGCCACAAAUUUUUCUUUCACGAAUCAUAGAAAUUAUCCCUAUUUAGAAACUCUGAAGUCUAUACAAAAGAACGCCCCAAUUUCUAUCAUUACAACCACUACAAGACCAGCGACUACCUCAAAGUCAGUGACCACAACAGAAUUGCCUGUAUAUGCUCUGACGUUAUCUUUAAAACCUUUGGUGCCUAGCGAGCUAGAAGAUGAUCCAUAUUAUCCAAAACUGCCGACCUCAACAGAGUCGUACUACACUCCACACCAUAAGGAAUGGUCUUCCAUAAAAGAAGCAGCUCAAACCACAUGGCCAAGUGUCCAUUUUGAACUACCAUCUAUUCUUCCGGAUUUGAACUCGUUGGAGGACAUUGUUGAUCGUAGGAAGCUGUUUUACAUUCCUCGAAUUAGAUCUAAUUAAUUGUUAAGCAUUUUUUUUGUAAGAGGAUAAUGUAGAUAACAAUAACAUCAAUUGAAAUAAAAUGCACUUGUUUACGAA